AUGGCCCAAGUUCGCCGGCACGAUCCCUCGCUUCGACUCCUUCGAAGAGUCUCAAAGAAGAAAAAGACCACAUCUUUCACGAGGUCAAGGUCAAGAAAGGAGGCAACUUUGGGCCCUGGCCCUGGCCAAUUGCUACAGAGCAAACAGAUGGGUCACACCGCCGGCAGCGAUUCGGACCCCAGCUGCCGCGCCCCAUCCAGUGCCCCCGGCCAGAGCGACGGUAUUGCAGCUGGCUAUGGCCGCCCCGCCAACAUUCCGACUCUGUCCACCAAAAAUAAAAGGUCGAGCGGAUUGCUUCGCAUGUGGCUUCUGGAGAACGGCCUGCCGAAGCCAAUUCAUCAUCCCGGUGACAAACAUCUCACUUGCCUCUGCCGAAUCAUCUCGGUUCAGCUGGACAAGGGCAAAGGAAAAGAGGCGCCUCAGUCAAAGAGGUUGCCGAACUCUCUUGACAUCUGA